AUGCUUCCGUUACAGCAGACUACUCCUAGUAGUGUGGCAGAUGACCUGAUCACCAAGACGAAGACAUCACAGACUGUUGGCAAGUCGCUGCUUGGUCGAAGUCAUGCAAGACAAGGACGACAAGGUUCUGGAGGCGUGGGCGGAGAGCUCUGACGUCACGCCACAGACCCUCAGGUUCCUCAAGGACGAGGGCUUCACUUCCAUGCGGAUGUUGAGUCGUCUGACACCGGAGGAGAUUGACAAAGCCUUCCAGGGACCCCGGCUGUUGCCACUGGACCAAUGUCUGGCACUGAAAGAUGCUGUGAAAAAACUGACAGGGGAGACUGCUGCCACAGCUCCUGCCCCCUCACCUGCCCCUGCACCUGUACCUGCACCUGCACUUGCACUUCAAGCAACUGACAGACGUGAACAAGAAAAUCUGGUUGGUUGCCGUCCUGCAGAAUUCCAGGUGUUUACCACGCGAGAUGCUGGUCCCGGCCGGCAGACAGGAAAUGACGGAGUCCUGGAGGGAAAUGUACCCACUGUCAGUCCACAAAGACAACAAAGAGAGUCAUUUCCAUGGAGACUAGCAGAGAUGGCAGCAGAGAGGCCAUCCCAGACAGUCGAUGACUGGCAUCCUCAACCACAGUUCCCCAGUGAACAACACGUGACGCAAGGUUACCAUGGUUACCAAGCUGUGCAGCGAGAACAGUACCAAGGGGCAUCAGCGCCUGCCCAUACCUACAUGAGACCACAGAAAGAACUACAUGCAGGUAGUGACAGGUACCCGUACCCUGAACCACAGGCUGGGGUGAAGACUUCGGCACCUCAAGCAGACUACAGACAACAGUUUUACACCGCAUCGCCAUGGGACAAACAAGGGUUUGGAGGUGAGACUUUUCGCUUCCUGCUGGUGGGCAAAACUGGAGCAGGUAAAAGUACCACGGGCAACACCAUCCUCGGGGACAACCAUUUCACCUCCAGCAUCAGGUUCGACACCGUCACCGGAGACUGUCAGCUCAAGCGCAGCACUCGCAAUGGAGUGAUGAUUGAGAUCAUGGACUCGCCAGGUGUGUUCGACACCCGCAACACCCACGAGGUGAUCUCCACCGCCAUUGUCCAGGCUGUGGCCUGCAUGCAUCCGGGUCCUCACGCUUUCCUGUACGUCAUCAAUAUCGGACGGAUUACGAUGGAAGACGAGCGUGUAUACAACCGGCUGAUUGCACUCUUCGACCACCAGUUACAGAACUACACCAUGGUGGUCUUCACUGGAGGAGAUGACCUCAAGCGCUCAGGUGCGUCCAUCGAGGAGAAGAUCGCGAAGGCACCGGAAAACUUCAGAAAUCUUCUUAAGGCCUUCAAGAACAGGUACGUUGUCUUCAACAAGCAGCCUCAGGUAGACGUGUUCCUACAGAAAGUUCGAGAAAUGGUUGCUGAAAACGGCGGUGCACCUUAUAGCUGUCCCAAGUACAUGCAGGUUGGCGAAGGAAUGGAGGAGGAAGUGGCUCGAAGAGUGGAGGAAGUGGAGAAGCAGGACCUCAAGAAGAAGCGGUUUGUCCAGGAGCUUGAGAUCAAAACAGAACAGGCGAAAGAGGCUGUGGCGAGAGAGAAGGAAGACCUUAAGAAGAGAGAAGAAGCCCGAAAGCAGGAGAUGAAGGAAGAGGAGGAGAUGAGGAGGGCGCAGUUUGAGAGUCUGAAACAGCAGCUGGAGCAACAACAGAUGAGUGAGGAGAAGAGACGGCAGGAGACAGAAGCAUUCCUGAGGAAACUUGAAGAAGACAAGCGAAAACAGAUCAAAAAGACGAAAGAAGAGAGAAAACGGGAGCAAAAGAGACUCCGAAAGAAAGAGAAUGAAAUGCGAAUGGAGAUGAAGAAGAUGAUUGAAGAGCAAAGGAAACAGCACAAAGAACAGCACAAAGAAAGGAUGCGACUCCACGAAGAAGAGAUGCGAAGAUUGAAGGACGGAAUCGCCAACAAGAAGGAAACAACUUUCCUGGAUAAAUUCAAAUCUUUUGCUAAUACUGUGGUAAACACAGUGAUUGAUGCUGCCGCCACCUUUAUUCCAUUUUUUCGACGUUGAAUUUUUUAUGUUUCUACCUUUCCUUUUUUUAAAGAUUUCCUUGAUCUCUGUUUGUUUCGUUACAAGAUUAUUUUAAAAUUAAUCAUUUGUUGAUUUUCAAAUGUAAUCUUCAGAUGCUUGCAACGCAAAUGGUCACAAUGGUGGGACAGAAACAGCUAAAAAUGCUUAAAAGGUUAGAUUUCAAUAUACAAUUAAACAAGUCCAGAAACUUACAUCCUUGUACAUCAUUGUAAUACUCUUUAUCAUAUUUACCAUAUUCUCUUUCGUUUGCUUUGAAGUUUCCAUCUGAGUGUUUUGAUACGUGACCUGUGAGAUGGUGGUGAGAUCGUAGAAAUUUUGUAAAAAAAAAACAUAUCUGUGUCAUUGAUGCUGAGAAGAUCGGCGAUUUAUGAAAAUUUGCGAUAGAAGUUACAAAAGCGCAAGAACAUUGUGUAAAAUAGAAAAGUAAGUUGCAGAGAUGACAAAUUAAGAGGAUUUAAAUGUUUAUAUAUGUACAUAUGAGAGCUUUCUUAGCUUUUAGUUUAUUUGCGCUCAACUGCUGAACUGAAGGUGAAAGGAUCGAAGCCUGCUCUGGCCAGUGACUUGACAUAUCAUUCUGCCUACCAUCAGCUGAUUGUCAAGAACAGGUAUCUGUAUAUACCUGAUUAUAUCUGAUUAUAUCUAAUGAUAUCUGGUUAUAUCUGGAAAGUUAAAAGCGGGUGGUUGAGAAGGUAAAGCCUCUCAUUGCAGGCGCCGUGCCCGACACACCAUCAACUACUUACAUUCACUGCCUGCACGGCCAUCAGGCCAUUGGACUUUGUGUCUUAAUAAUCACUUUGCUUCAGUCAACAUGUAUUGUUGUUUGUGCGCCUGUUUGUGAUGUUUUUAAAGGCGUUUAAUACCUUGUACUUAUUAGGCUUUGCGACACAAGUUUGCUUUUCACUUAAAUCUUACAACACGGAUUGUGAACUAUAUGAAUGUGUAGUUAUUAUAUAUCUGCAUACUUACUCUACUAAGUUAUACAAUUUCUGUAGAAGUAGCUUAGAUGCAUAACUUAAGAUUUAUAUUUGUGUACUUUCUUCAUCCUUGGAUGUUUGUGAGGAAAUGGAAAAUAUUGAAUUUGAAGUGGUUGUAGAGACUAAUAAAUAUAACAUUCAAUAUAUUUUUAUACGUGUGACCUUUCAUAACUGCUGCAUGGAUGUUCACGGACAUAAAAAUAGAAACAAGAGAUUGUCAGUGGCUCCGACCAGGUAAGAAGGAGUUUUGUACUAAGUAAUGAAACUCUCUUCUAUCUCACAUUCGUUAUGUAGAAUCCAAUACAGUAUUAAAACACUUUCUAAUAUCUUAUGACUUUAAUAUAAUGAGCUUGAUUCUGCUUGGUCAUCAUACAAUUUAAAUAUGGGAAAGUGUAUAGCAUAUACGUAUGCAAAAAAAAACCAAAAAAAAAAAAAAAAAAAACAAAACAAACAAACAAACAAAAAAAAAAAAAAA